AGAAUGAGAGGGAGAGAUACAAGGACAGCUCCCCCACCCCUUGGGGCAGGAGAGGGUGAGGGGCUGCCCUACCCAGCAGCCAGAGGGAAUUCCUUUACCGCAAAUAGCCAAUGAUGCUUUGGGGGUAGAUGGAGCCUUCCACCUAAGGGCUCAGAGGCUACAAGGCAAAUAUCCUCCCCCCCUUCCGCCCCCACGAAUACCUGUCAUGGAGUCACCGGGGCAAUGCUCUGGAACUACUCCAUAUGAAGACAGUCAGGACUCUGGGCUGAGGAAUCACAUCCACGUUUCACUCCAGAUCGUCCCAUCUUCCAGGGGACAGGGAAGGGAAAUGGCUGUGAUGGAGCCAGCUCAGAUGCCGGUGACCUUCGAGGACGUGGCUGUGUAUUUCACCGAGGGACAGGGGGCUCUGCUGGACCCCAGGCAAAGAGCUGUCUACAGGGACGUCAUGCAGGAGAACUAUGAGAUGGUGACCUCGCUGGGAUUUCACGUUCCCAAACCUGAGCUGAUCGCCCAGCUGGAACGAGGGGAAGAGCCAUGGGUCCCAGAUCUCCAGGCCUGGGAGGAAAUGGAGAGCCCGAGAGGCACCUGCACAGCAGGCGAUAGGACAGGGAGUGAGAACAAGGAGGAGAAUCAACAGGAGGAAGGUCCUGAGCAAGUGGAAUCGCAGGAGAGGUUUUUGAGAAGAGCUGAAGGGAAUUUUUCCCAGGGCUUGGAACAGGGAGAAGCCUGGGGAGAUCGACACAGAUCAGAGAUGCAGCUGGAAAACUAUCCCAGGAACAAACUGGAUGAAUCCACUAAAUGUGGCGGAGGAUGUAAGGAUCUCAAGGAAACCAUAAUGCAGCAGACAGGUCACAAUGAAGAGAAACCCUACAAAUGCCUUGACUGUGGGAAACGAUUCCAUUUCAGUGCAAACCUUCUUACACAUUGGAGAACCCACACAGGAGAGAACUUCUAUAAAUGCGUAGACUGUGGGAAAAACUUCAGUAAGAAGUCAUUUCUUAUUAUACAGCAGAGACUGCAUAUGGGAGAGAAAACUUAUAAAUGCCUUGAGUGUGCAAAAGUUUUCACUGUGCGAUCGGCCUUUAUUAGACGUGAGAGAACCCACACAGGGGAGAAACCCUAUAAAUGCAUGGACUGUGGGAAAACUUUUGGUCAGAGUUCAGACCUUAUUAAACAUAGGAGAAUCCACACAGGAGAGAGACCUUAUAAAUGCCUUGAGUGUGGGAAAAAUUUCAUUCGCCGUUCACACCUUAUUAAGCAUCAGAGAACACACAGAGGCGACAAACCCUAUAAAUGCCUCGACUGUGGGAAAAGUUUCUUUGACAGAACAAAACUUACUAGACAUCAGGCAAUCCACACAGGAGAGAGACCGCAUAAAUGCUUGGACUGUGGGAAAAGCUUCAUUCAGAAGUCACAAUUUAUUAUACACCAGAGAGUGCACACAGGAGAGAGACCCUUUAAAUGCUGUGAGUGUGGGAAAAGUUUUAUUCAGAAAUCACAGCUUAUUACACAUCAACGAACCCACACAGGAGAGAGACCUUAUAAAUGCCUUGAGUGUGGGAAAAGUUUUAUGCAAAGUUCUUCUCUUAUUCAACAUAGGAGAAUCCACAAAGGAGAAAGACCCUAUAAAUGCCUUGAGUGUGGGAAAAAUUUUAUGGAACGUUCAUCCCUUGUUAAACAUAGGAGAAUCCACACAGGAGAAAGACCCUAUAAAUGCCUCGAGUGUGGGAAAAGUUUUAUGGAAAGUUCAUCCCUUACUAAACAUAAGAGAAUCCACACAGGAGAAAGACCUUAUAAAUGCCUUGAGUGUGGGAAAGAUUUCAUUCGUAGCUCACACCUUAUUAAGCAUCAGAGAACACACAGAGGCGACAAACCCUAUAAAUGCCUCGAUUGUGGGAAAAGUUUAGUUGACAGAACAAACCUUACUAGACAUCAGGCAAUCCACACUGGAGAGAAACCCCAUACAUGCUUGGACUGUGGGAAAAGCUUCAUUCAGAAGUCACAACUUAUUCUACACCAGAGAGUGCACACAGGAGAGAGACCCUUUAAAUGUCUUGACUGUGGGAAAAGUUUUAGUGAGAGCUCAAAGCUUACUAGACAUCAGAGAACCCAUACAAGAGAGAGAACCUAUGGAUGCCUUGAGUGUGGGAAAAGAUUUAUGCAAAGUUCAUCCCUUAUCAAACAUGGGCGAAUCCACACAGGAGAAAGACCCUAUAAAUGCCUCGACUGUGGGAAAGGUUUUAUUGCAAGUUCAGCCCUUACUAAACAUAGGAGAAUCCACACAGGAGAAAGACCCUAUAAAUGUCUUGAGUGUGGCAAAACUUUCAGUCAGCGCUCACAUCUUACUCAACAUGGGAGAACGCACACAGGAGAGAAACCCUACAAAUGCCCUGAGUGUGGGAAAAGUUUCAGUUUCAAAUCAGGCCUUAAUAUGCAUCAGAAAACCCACACAGGAGAGAAAUCCCAUAAAUGCUUGGACUGUGGGAAAACUUUCAGUCAGCGCUCAUACCUUACUAAACACAGGAGAAUCCACACAAGAGAGAGACCUUAUAAAUGCCUUGACUGUGGGAAAAGCUUCAGUACAACUUCAGAGCUUACCAAACAUCAGAGAAGCCACAAAGCCGAGUGGCCCUUUAAAUGCAGUGAGUGUGGGAAGAGCUUCCGGCAGAGUGCCACACUGACAAGGCACCAGCUCCUCCAUGCGAGCGAGAGGCCUUACAUCUGCACCACCUGCAGCAAAGGCUUUUGUGACCACGCGGCGCUGGCCACGCACCAGCGGGCGCACACAGGUGAGCGCCCCUUCCCCUGCCUGGCGUGCGGCAAGGCCUUUACUGGCAGCUCGGCGCUGCUGGUGCAUCAGCGAGUGCACACCGGUGAACGUCCCUUCCCCUGCCCAGUCUGCGGCAAAGCCUUUGCCCUGAGUGCCACGUUGCUGCGGCACCAGCUGGUGCACACGGGUGAGCGCCCCUACCGCUGUGGGGAGUGCGGGCGCAGCUAUACGCAGAGCUCCUACCUGCGCCAGCACCAGCGCAGUGCCCACGCUGGCCAGCGCCCCCACACCUGCCCUGACUGCGGCCGUGCCUUUGCUGACCGUGCCAACCUCCUGCGGCACCAGCGGGGCCACACAGGCGCCCGACCCCACACCUGUGCUGAGUGUGGGCGGAGCUUUGCCCAGCUGGCACACCUACGGGAGCACGGGCGCACACACAGCGGGGAGCAGCCAUUCUGCUGCAGCCGGUGUGGCCAAGCCUUUGGGCACCGCUCAGCCCUGGCUGCGCACCAGCGUGCACACAGUGGAGAGCGCCCCUACCCCUGUACCCAGUGUGGGUGCCACUUUGCCCAGCUUGCCAGCCUGGUGGAGCACCGCCGGCGGCACACGGGCGAGAAACCUCACGAGUGCUCCCACUGUGGGCGCCGCUUCCGCCACCGCUCAGCCCUGCUUCGCCACCAGCGCUCCCAUGCCGGGGAGCGCCCCUUCCGCUGCGGGCAGUGCGGUCGUGGCUACACCCGCAGCUCCAACCUCCUGCUGCACCAGCGGGUGCAUGCUGCUGAUGUGGCUGAGGAAUCACGUCUGCGUUUUGCCCCAGAUCGUCCCGUCUCCAGGAGGCAGGGAAGGGAAAUGCCUGUGAUGGAGCCAGCUCAGGCCCUCUACAGGGACGUCAUGCAGGAGAACUAUGAGACGGUGACCUCGCUGGGAUUCCCCAUUCCCAAACCGGACCUGAUCGCCCGGCUGGAACGAGGGGAAGAGCUGUGGGUCCCGGAUCUCCAGGCCACUGAGGAAAGGGAGAGCCCGAGAGGUACCCGCACAGCAGGUGCUGAGAGAGUGAGUGUGAAUGAGGAGAACAAUCAACAGUGGGAAGUUCCCGGGGAAGUGGAACCAUGGGGGACCUUUUUGAGAAGAGCUGAAGGGAAUUUUUCCCAGUGCUUGGAACAGGGAGAAGCCUGGGGAAAUCGGGGCAGGUCAGAAAAACAGCUGGGAAAAGUGACAAAAGUGGAUGAAUCCAUUGAUUGUGGGGCAGGAUGCAAGGAUCCCAAGGAAACCACAGUCCAGCAGACAAGUCAAAAGGAAGAAGAACCCUAUAAAUGCCCCAAUAUUGAGAAUAGAUCUCAUAUGAGUACAAACCUUAUUUCUCAUUGGAGAAACCACACCGGAGAGAGACCCUAUAAAUGUCUUGAUUGUGGGAAAUGUUUCAAUCAGAAGUCAACGCUUGUUAGGCAUCAGACAGUCCACACAGGAGAGAAACUCCAUAAAUGCUCGGAGUGUGGGAAAAGCUUCACUAGAUGCUCAUACCUCGCAAUACAUCAGACAAUUCACACAGGAUUCAGACCCUAUAAAUGCCUUGAGUGUGGGAAGUGUUUCAAUUGGAAGUCAAGCCUUAUUACACAUCAGAGAACCCAUACAGGAGAAAAGCCCCAUAAAUGCUCGGACUGUGGGAAAAGUUUCAUGCACAGAUCUGACCUUAUUAGACAUCAGAAAACACACACAAGAGAGAAACCCCAUAAGUGCUUGGACUGUGGGAAAACGUUCACACAGAGAUCAACCCUUGUUGCACAUCAGAGAAUCCAUACAGGAGAGAAACCCUUUAAAUGUUUGGACUGUGGGAAAUGCUUCAGCCAGAGUUCAUAUCUUACUUCACAUCAGCAAAUCCACACCGGAGAGAGAACCUAUAAAUGCCUCGACUGUGGGAAAUGUUUCAAUUGGCAGUCAUCAUUUAUUACACAUCAGAAGAUCCAUACAGGAGAGAAACCCCAUAAAUGUUUGGACUGUGGGAAAAGCUUCAGUAGCACCUCAGACCUCGCUAAGCAUCACAGAACCCACACGGGAGAGAGACCCUAUAAAUGCUUGAACUGUGGGAAAAGUUUCAAUAACAACUCAAACCUUCGUAAACAUGGGAAAAUCCACACUGGUGAGAGACCUUAUAAAUGCUUUGAUUGUGGGAAAUGUUUCAUUUGGAAGUCAAACCUUACCAGACAUCAGGGAACUCACACAAGAGACGGAUCCCACACCUGCUUGGAAUGCGGGGAAAGUUUCAUCCAGAGAUUGGACCUUAUGCAACAUCAAACAAUGCACAAGAGACAGGAAACAUAAAUGCUUGGAUUGUGGAAAAAGUUACAUUAAGAGAGCAAACCAUAUUAUGCAUCAGAGAACACAUACAGUAGAAUAUCCCCAUACAUACUUGGACUAUCUAGGGGCGCUCACCCGUGUGGCUUCUCCGAUGUUCAGUAAGAACAUAAGAAUGGCGGUACUGGGUUAGACCAAAGGUCCAUCUAGCCCAGUAUUCUGUCUACCGACAGUGGCCAAUGCCAGGUGCCCCAGAGG